CUUCAAAGGGAGGUCGUCCAUGUCUAAGUGUCCUUAUGCAGGACGCUCAAGCUGUGUAUUUGUCUCAUGUUGCUGCUUCUGCUUGUCCGCAUCCGUAGCCGUUUUGUUCCCAAGCCAUUCUGGCUAAGUAUACUUUGGUAAAAUGCAUCCGCACUCGGACACACUUACUUUCAUUGCUCAGACAGGGUUUCCGAGCUGCGUUGCGUGAUGGUGGUCACGAGAGCUAUUGUUUGCGUGAUUUUUACAGCGAUCGCCACCGACUUGGCUUCCGGCUUAAGCUUCGUGUCGCAGCCUGAGCUGGACGACGUUGCGCUGGAAGAGUUCUACAUUAAAGCUGACUCACACCGUGAGUGCGCUGAUAUCGAGCGCGGGGGCCCAGACUGGUACGAUGAGGACUCGCAUGUAGAGGAUUGGCGACAUCUUGUUUCUGUUUGUCAUCAGAAUCGUGAGAACAUGACAUGGCGAGCCAACUCCUCGCGGGUGCAGUUUGUGCAUGUUGGCAAGUGCGGAGGCAGUUCAAUUGGCCAGGCCAUCAGGGAACUUGUCCCUUACGACGAGAUCCACCUUCGGAAGGUCCAGAAUUGCGAAGUAACAGAGCAGCGCAAGUGGGUCGUUUCUGUUCGAGACCCAGUAGACCGUGCCAUUUCUGCUUUCAAUUGGGGAUUCCCUGGAGAUACUCUCCCAAUGAUGGCGAUUUACAAAUGCUUCAAAACAGUGAACGAAUUUGCGGAGGCUUUGCAGGACGAGAGUUGGUGUGGUGUCAGUGCUCGUCGUGCGAUAAAUAAACCGAUAUUGUCUGAACACCUCGGCAAGGGCUUCCAGUAUUAUUUUGACGAAGACCUUGAGUGCGUACUUGCACAAGAACUGUACUUGAUUCGCACGGAGACGCUCAUGCAAGAUCUCACAGACGUGUUUGGUCGACUGGGGUGGAAGCUGCCCGCCACAGUUUAUCACAUACACGGCGAGUAUCCUUUCCGAAACGAGACGUACCUCAGUGCGAAGGGGAAGCAGCUCCUGGCCAACGCGCUGAAGGCAGAUUACGAGGUCCUGAGGAGGCUGGAAGGUGCUGCCAGAAACGGCAGGCCUGGAGCGUAUUGAGCCGCCGCCGGCGCUCACGGCGUUCCAGCGAUCGCACACCCAAUGGAUGAUUCGAAGGCUUGCCUCCACCAGGCGGCGCAUGAAAACAUCUC